CGCAGCCGCGCGCCGAUGCGCGGCGCUGAGGGCGGCGGGAUGGCGCUGUGGCGGGGGCUGCGCUGCUGCCGCCGCGCCUUCGCCUGGCUGCCCGUGCUGCUCAUCGCGCUGCUCCUGCUCUGGUCCUACUACGGAUACGUCUGCGAGCUCUGCCUCGUGACUGUGAGCAACCCUGUGGAGAAAGUGGCCUAUCUUGUAGUAUUCCAUAUUCUCUUUGUGCUCUUUGUGUGGACAUAUUGGAAGUCUGUUUUCACUCUCCCAAUACAACCAGGCAAAAAGUUCCACAUGUCCUACGCUGACCAGGAGCGCUACGAGAACGAGGAGAGGCCCGAGGUGCAGCGGCAGAUCCUCGCCGAGAUCGCCAGGAAGCUGCCGGUGUACACGAGGACAGGGAACGGAGGGAUUCGGUUCUGUGACAGAUGCCAGCUGAUCAAACCUGACCGUUGUCACCAUUGCUCUGUUUGUGCCAUGUGUGUGCUAAAAAUGGAUCAUCACUGUCCAUGGGUGAAUAACUGCAUUGGAUUUUCUAACUACAAAUUCUUUCUACUGUUCUUAGCCUAUUCUUUGUUGUAUUGCUUGUAUAUUGCUGCAACAGUCUUCAAGUAUUUCAUUAAGUAUUGGACAGGUGAGCUGACCAAUGGACGUUCCAAAUUUCACAUCCUUUUCCUUCUCUUUGUGGCAAUCAUGUUCUUUGUGAGCCUCAUGUUUCUCUUUGGCUACCACUGCUGGCUCGUCAGCAGGAACAGAUCUACUCUAGAGGCUUUCUCAGCUCCAGUGUUUCAAAAUGGCCCAGAUAAAAAUGGAUUCAAUCUUGGCUUUGUGAAGAAUCUCCAGCAAGUGUUUGGGGAAGAAAAAAAGCUCUGGUUGCUGCCUAUUGCCUCUAGCCAGGGGGAUGGACAUUUUUUCCCAAUGAGAGCCUUGAGUGAAGCUCGGAACCCUCUCCUGACAAAUGAGGAGCAGUGGGAAGAGGAUGGAAUAGAUGAAGAGCCUCAGGGUUCUGGUGAAGCUUCAUCCCUUGCCAUAGAAAGGGAGACAUAGCAGUGUGAAAACAGUGGUGUAAAGCUGCAUCAGAAAGCUUUCCUCUCAGGAGCCAACAUCCCUUCUCUUGGCAAGGACUUCAGUUUUGAGGGGCAGAAAACAGGCGGAUCUUCAAGAUGAGAAAACAUCCUGAAGUAUUGUCUGAUGGGAAUCUGCAUUCCAGAGUGCUUCUCCAGGAAUCCUGCUGUCCAGAUGUCCCAAGGCUUUAUAAAUUUAAGUUACAGAGUUAACAGAACAAUUUUACAGAGUGAUUGUGGCCAAUCUUCUUUGGCCUGCUCUCUUUAUUUUAUAAAUACUCUAUAUUUUUUAUUCAAAAUGGGUAAAAAUGUUGAUGUGAGUGCGUUUCCGAAGGCCUUUUCAUUUUGCAAACAUCAGGGACUCAAGCUCUUGAAAUUUUUCCAAGCCAUAAUAUUCUUGGGGAUGGUUAUUUAUUUUGAGGCUGAUUCUCCAACCUUCUCUGACAAGUGGCAUUUUCUAAUGUAUUUAAAUUCUGAGUGAGUUCAGCUCAAUGCAAGACAGACCCAGUUAAAGCUGGCACUAAAUUGGUAGCUGAAUGUAAGAGUGUUGAAAGCAAAAGUGCUGAACAUGCACAUGUACAUGUGCAGCUGUGAGUGAAAAUAAAAUAUUCACAUUGCCAGUACCAAGAUUCAAGAAUAUUGUGGCCAUAGGUUUUUUAUAGCCUUUUUAGGGGGUGUUAUUUUCCUUGAGUUUGGGUUAUAGUGCUCUUGCAUCCCACUUGCAGGCUCCUAAAAUGCAAAAGGGAACUUCAGACAGUCCACUUUGCAUUAAUUCCUAGGGUUAAAAUACCAUCUCAUUCCUGGAUCAGUGUUUGAUGGAGAUUUGUGUGUUCAUGGAGUCAGAAAGGAAGAUGUGAAUUCAAAACAUGCACUGAAAGUUUGGCUCCAAGAGUCAUGUUUGGAGUUUGCACUCCACAGGGGUGGCCUGAACCCCAAAUUGCUGAAGACACAAUUGGUGUAUUGAAUUUUUUCAGACUUCUUCCCAGCUCAGUGCACUGACUGGCUUCAGGGGUUUCUGCACUAAGAGGUGAUCAGAUUUGUUUAUGCAUUUUGCUGCAUUUACAGUCAAAGAGGUGUAUCCCUGUUUUUGUUUUGGGGAAUAGAACUGAGACUUGGCUGGCUGGAUUAUGGAUAUUUUUCUAGACCUGAGUCCUUUUUUUUUAAAUCUGCAUGAUUCAGCCCAGUCCAUCAUUCUUAUUUGAAUUAGGUGCAUGCUAAAAGUAUUGGUGUACUGCCUCUAAGAUCAUUUAGUACCAUUUUCUAUCCCAUUUUUGUGUUUAUCAGCCCACUGUUGUUGGCAGUGACUACAGGAGCAGCUGUGAAUGCCAGCAGAAAGGAGCUGAUGAGUGAAUAUGGAGAUGGAGGUUUUGCCUACAGACUAAACCCCUUUUUCCUCUGUUCCUCUGCUGCUGCUGCCACAGGGAAUGUGUUUGUGAGCCAGGAGAGCCUUGCAAAGGUUCCUUCCCUAAGAGAAAGUGUUUCACUCCUGGCUGAUCCGUGCCCUGUGGGCAGGAAUUUUGUCCCUCAGCCUCUGCAGUUUGUGUGGAGCAGGCAGUGCUGAUGUCUCACUGCUGAAUUUGGCUGUGAGGGGCCAUGCUGGGCUGGCCCAGGCUCCUGUGGGUUUGUGUCUCUCCUCAGGGUGGCCCUGAACACUGAAAAUGUUCCUGCUUCAGCCACCUGAGCCCCAUCUGUUGAGUGGCUCUGUCACCAAAUGGCUGCUGAGUGCUGGAAGGGUUUUUCCUGUCAAUCUAAAGCUGCAUUUCUAAUGUAAAUCUGGUGUUGGACCUUGUGCUGUGUGUGAUGCAAGGUGGCAGCUGAAUUAAUCCCCUCGUUCCUGCCAAAAUGUGCUCUGGAGGGGGAGCUUGAGAGGAUGAUGGCAGCUAAACACAGCCAGAAUUUAGCACCUACAGAGGUGCUAUUUGUGCCUUUAAAAACUUUAAAUUCCGUGUAUCUAAAACCAGGAAGGUGAUUUGGUGACUUUCUGUUUCAUCCUGCCAGCUGAAGUGUUUGUGUGGAGUUGCAGGAGGGGUUUUUUGUGUGAAUUUACAGAGCUUGUGUGGAUUUGCAGGAGGGUUUUUUGUGUGAAUUUACAGAGCUUGUGUGGAUUUACAGGAGUUUUCUGAGCAGGUCCUUGUUCCCCUCCUGGGUUUGGCUCUGGUUACAGCCCUGCCAUUAUUUGAGUUGCUUCUGUGCCAGGCAGCAGCAGCAGAGCUGUGCAGGAGCUCCCCUGCACUGCUCAUUAGGGAGUACAGAAAAUCAGAUUUUGUCAUCUAAUACUAAGGCAGAUAUCUUUAUGAUGGCACAGGUACCAAGCUCGGAUUGAGAAAGGGUUUUAAACAUUUCCAAGUAACUUUUAUUCAGUCACCUUUCUUGUAAUUAAUUAUGGUUAUCUCUUCCCUUUCCUUCAAAGCAGCUCAGCCUCCCGUGGUUGUAACAAACUCUUGUCCAGGUAAAAACAACACAAAGUUUAUCACUUCAGAGCCACUUCUCAAUAUCCACACAUCAGAUGCUGGAAAGCUCAAUGAAAUGUGAAACAAACCAAAAGCUGUGUAAAAUGAGGCAGAACAAAAUGGGAAAAACCCACAUGUCUGAGUGAGCAGCUCCAUUUUGUUCCCUUCUGCUCACUGAAGGUGAUAUCCUUAUUUUACCUCUGGCCUUUGUCCUUUUUAUGCUGAGUAAAUGCACUGGCAAACAGUUCCUCAGGCUGCUGUGGUCAAUGCUGCAGGUGACAAGAGAGAGAAUAUUCAGCCCAGUGUGUGAUAGGUUUUUUUAACCUGCAAAUGGCUCUUCAGAGGUAACCCACUGCAGCUCCUCCUUUGUUUUCCAUGCCCUGAUCCUCAUCCAGAGGCUCUCCACCAUCAUCACUGACUGUAAGGGCUGUAUCAUCAAACCUCUCCCUGCACUCUCCAUCCCAGCAUUCCAGGAGUGGGAUUCAUCCCCCAAGUCCCAUCAACACCAAGGAUACUGCAGCUCUGGGAGCUGGCCAGUGAUUCCAGCUCAUCCUGUGUGUACCUCACACUGCCUGUGCUGGUGGCCCAGCAUUCCAGGUGCACCCUGGGCCCUCUGUGUGCCAGGAGCAGCCAAAGUGUCCCCAGUGGGAUUGCCAGCAGUGUUCAGUGUCACUCUGGGUGUGUGCUGUAGGUGCAGUUCCAUUCAGGGAAUCUGGAGAACUGUUAAGGUCCGAGUCCCGGUUCUGGUGCUGCUGUCAGUUGUGUGGCUGCAGGGGCUGCUGAAGGUGUUCCACUCCAGCCUGGAGCAGUGUGGAGGCAGCAAGGGAACUGUCUCAACCCCCUCCAGGGGCUGCUUUCCCUGCUUAGCACUGGAUCUACACUACAGCUUUCUCAGCUUGGAGCAACUUCUCCAAGUGAUGCCACCAUGGAAAGGAGGGAACUCUUUUAUUGGACUUUACUGUGCUGCCUCCAUUGUUAUCCCUCUGCUCCUGGAUUCAUCCUCUGAAAUAACUGACCACUAACAGCCACCUGCUCACCUCCCCCCCUUCUCUCCCGUUUACAUUCAGGUACAAAAACCCAGACAGAGCAUCAUAUUGAUGUUUCUCUGUGUGCAAUUGUCCUAAGUCCAGCCCUGGGCCAGCAAGUCCUGCCCAAGGAACCAGGACUUGUGCAACCCCCACUGCACUGCCAGGUUUCUCUUGCUGAGUUGGAAGUUUUUGGAGUAGGAUUAUCUUGUUUUCCUUCAAGCAGGGAGCAUUCUGUAUGUUUGAGGGGGCUGUACCCAGUGUGUGUGGGGUGCAGUCACUGGUGAGAAUCAGGAAGCUUCCAAAUCACACUAUGCAAUGAAUGUUUGCUUCCUGGGACAAACAGGAAUGGAUUCAGCAAAAUCCACACCAGCUGCAGCUCUGUAGUUCUGGAUGCUGGUCUGGACUGAAAGCACAACUUGAUGCAUAAAGUCUGUCAUGUGAUAUGAAUGUCAAAUGUAAAGGGGAAAAAGAAAUUACUAUUUUUUCCCUGAAUUUACCUAUGAAGAAUGAUGUACUGAGCAGUUACUCUGUGCAGGGUUACUCUGCUGAGCAGUUACUCUGUGCAGAGCUGAGGCACUCAUGGAAGGGUUUAAUUAGCAGGGGAAGGAGCCACUGCUGACCUUGUUUAUUAAGCCAGAAUUAAUUAACUCAAAAGGGUCACGUUUUCAUUUCAGUGACUCCUGUGGUACAGAUUUCUGAAAUGGAUCCACAGUACUUGAAAAUACCUCAAUUUUAUUGAUAUUUUUCCAAUUCUAUCAGCUUCUGCUUUAUUGCAGAACACUUGCAAACCUAAACUCAUUGUGAAGUGAUCAGAUCAUCCAGAUGACUGAAGGUGUUUGCACGGCAGAGGGGCUCUGGUCUGGCAGACCCUGCACUGGCUCUGCCAUGGCUCUUCCUGCCCAGUGCUGCAUUCCCUGCCCUGGUCACAAACGCUGAGCUCACACCCACUGCUGCAGGGUUUUAGUCUCUUGUCCUUUUCCCAUCCCACUUUGAGUCUUUCCUCUUCCUCCUGAACAUACAGUUAAAUAUUUUCAGCUGAGAGCUGCUUGUGCUGGUUUUUUGGAUACUGUGAAGGUGAGUAGGUGUCAUUUUAUGCAGUUGAGCCAUGUAUUUUAUUUGUAAUUAAUCUCUGUUUGUCAGGUAUUGGUUUGUGGUUCCCAUCAUCAGCCCCAGCUGGCUUUGCUUAGAGCAGGAUCCCAUUUCCUGCAUUUUCUCUUUCCUAAAAGCCUCAUUUCUUCAUUUUCCAGCUUCCUUUUGGGACGUAAACCUUGUGAAAUAAAAUGUAAGUUUACAUUUCAAAUACAAGCCUGUAAGUUGCUCAUGCCUGCAUGCUCCUUAAAAUACUAUUUUUUUUCUGUAUGAGGUUUUAAGAUUUACAGCAGCAUUUGUAAAACUUUAGUGGGUAACAGCCAUUGUUAAAAAAAAUAUGCUAAGGAGGGGGGGAAGCCACAACCACAAAAAAAUCCAACAAAAAGGACAAAGGGAUCAUCUCUGCUUCUUAUUCCAGCUGUGCUUGAAAAGAAUGCAGUGCUGGUGUCAGACAGCCCUGGGACACGCAGGUACCUCACCUGACACUUCCCUGCUGUUUCAGUACUUCCUGAAGCACUUCCUUGAGUUAACCUUGGACUAAAUCCCACGGGAUGCCUGAAACCCAACAAAAUCAGCCUCCCCCUCUCCUUUCCAACCUGGGGAAGGUGUGUGCAGCCCCUUCUCAGCACUUCCCUCUGUAAAAGAAACAGAAGGCCAGAGUGAAAGUGUUGGUGUAUUAUUCCCCCCACACCUUCUGGAGGAUGUGGGAGCCUCCAGGAUGUGUCCCAGAACUCCCUCAGCACCUGGAACGCUGCUGAUGUCAUGAACUGCUGGGCUGGUGCAGGUGACCUUCCCUGGGAGGGACAAGGCUGUGCCUGAGAGCUGGAGUGAGGAGGUGGAACUGUGGUUCCUCUGUUCUGAUUUAACUCCUUCCUUCUUUGGAGUUAACUACACUAUGGAAUGGCUUCCUGCUGUACUCAUGGAGCUACUCCAGAGUGAUUCCAAAUCCAUUGCUGGACAAGGGAACUUUGGGUUAGGAACACAGGAAAGUAGGAAAGGUCUUGUUAUUUUAUAAAUUUAUAAUCUGCCUGCUCAGAUGGCUGCUCCUCAUCUGAAAAUGCUGUUUGUGGUACAAAAGAUAGAAGUGAGCUAAAUCUCAGGAUCAGAGAACAGCAGGGCGUGCUGUUGUCAAUGCAGCAGCAGGGUUUAAUGUCAGCCCAGAAAAGCCAGGGGGUUUCACACACUGGAAACCCCACUGCAGGGGCUGCUGGGGGUCAGGGGAGCCCUUUGGGAGCUCCCUGGGGCAGGAGCAGCCGUUCCCCAUGGAGCUGACAGAACUGGGACACAGCAGCAAUCCCUGGAGUGGGAACUGCAUCCAGCUGCUUCUUAGGAACCCAGCGUGGCCUGGGGCUGGCAGCUGUUCCAGGGUGGCUGCCUACACAUCCCUCCCCCCUAAUUCGAUGGGAAGUAAUUAUUUUCCAAGGAAUGUCACACCAGGAUUGCUGCCCACCUUUGGGGUGUUGUGUUCAGGAAUUUAAUGCUGCUGCUGGCAUUGAGACUUUUGAUAUAAAAUGGGUUUUUACAAAAGCCUUGGAUACUCAUUUUAACUGUGAGACCAAUGCUCUGACUAUGCUGAUGCUCUGUGGAGUUUCACUGUAUUUUCCAAGUGUUUGUACAGUUUCUACAGCUGGAUAUCCUGUAUGUUCUGCUUUGUUGUUUUUUAUUAUGGUUUAUACUGCACUGCAGGCAAGGACUGCA